CUCUCCCAACUCCAUCUUCCAGCUCUCGACCGCUCAGAUAUUCGAGGAGCCGAGGCGGCGGGCGUAUGUAGGACGGUGGCUGGCUACGGACAAGAUAGAGAGACGGUGAGGGAGCCGUUGCCGACAUACGUCCAAGAGCAGACAGCCAUCAAGAUCUGCCCCAUCCGGCCCCACUUGCAGUGUCCGUUGGGCUGAUACGACCCCCUUCCCUGCUGGCUUGGGCUGCGCCGUCUAUAUAAGUCAGCCGGCCGUCCUCGCCUGGUCACCUAUCCCGGCCCAUUACAUUACACAAAAGCAGCAGAGCAUAGCAGAGCUUGGAGCUCGGAGCUGAGGCCCUGUGGACUACUCAAAGAUUGAGAGAAGAAAAUGGCACGGAGUCCAGCUCAAGUCGCUCUCCGGCUGAUCGCUCUGCUCCUUCUGCUUCCAGCUGCGUGGUCGGCGACGUUCACGAUGACCAACAACUGCGGCUACACGGUCUGGCCGGGGCUGCUGUCGGGCGCCGGCACGGCGCCGCUGUCGACGACGGGAUUCGCGCUCGCGCAGGGCGCGUCGGCCACGGUGAGCGCGCCGGCGAGCUGGUCCGGGCGCAUGUGGGCGCGCACGCUCUGCGCCGAGGACGCCGGCGGCAAGUUCACCUGCGCCACGGGCGACUGCGGCUCGGGCGCGCUCCAGUGCAAUGGCGGUGGCGCCGCGCCGCCGGCCUCGCUGGUGGAGUUCACGCUCGACGGCUCCGGCGGCAUGGACUUCUUCGACGUCAGCCUCGUCGACGGCUACAACCUCCCGAUGCUGGUCGUGCCGCAGGGCGCUGCCGCUGCCACCGCCGCCGCCAGCUCCACGGGCGGGCCCAAGUGCAUGGCCACCGGCUGCCUGGUCGACCUGAACGCCGCGUGCCCGGCCGCGCUGAAGGUCACGUCGGCGGGGGCCGCCAGUAGUGCGGUCGGCGGGAGCGCCAUGGCGUGCCGCAGCGCGUGCGAGGCGUUCGGGUCCCCGGAGUACUGCUGCAGCGGCGCGUACGGGAGCCCCAGCACGUGCCGGCCGUCGGCGUACUCGCAGUUCUUCAAGAGCGCGUGCCCGCGCGCCUACAGCUACGCGUACGACGACUCCACCUCCACCUUCACCUGCGCCGCCGGCACCAACUACGCCAUCACCUUCUGCCCGAGCACCACCAGUGGGAAGUACACCGACGAGAACCCGCAGGCUGCCGGCGUGCCGCCCGCGAACGGCACGAUGGUGUACCGCGGCGGCGAGCAGUUCUCGACGAGCGGCGGCGCCUCCACUGCCGCCCAUGCGUCGCAGCUCCUCCUCGCGGCGGCCGUCGCCGUCGCGCUGCUCCUGUAAGGGCCGGCCGGCCAUACGUGCAAUGUCGGCAACGACAUACGUACGUGCUCCCCGCCUCACCGUGUCUGUCCUUAUCCGGCGGCCCGUUCAUGGAGUGACGGAGGCAGGACAUGAGAUGAGACUCGAGCGGAGCACAAGAGAAGGGCGGGCAGGCAAGAUCAAAGGCUGACAGUGCCGCUACUGAUGGCAGAUCAAACAAGGAUAUCUUCACAUACUGAACGCAGCCUUCUAGAUAGCUUACAGUAGUGUAGUAGGCUUAGGUUAAUGUUUACUCUCUACGCUUCUUUGAUUUGUUGAGCGGAAAUGAUGAUGUGUUCAUUGUUCGUCGUGAUAAUAGUAUGAAUCAUCACUA